AGAACCAGCUGAUACCCUACUUACAAGGCCGUGGACCGUCUGUACACAGAGCGACUGGCCAACAGCAGCGACUAUGUGAUCGAUUUGGCCAACCGAAUGUACGUGAACGUGAGCUUCCCCCUCCGUGAGUGUGUGAGCCAGGUCCUCUCUGAGGAGGUCCAGCUCCUCGACUUCUACCAGUUUAACUUUACUUAUCCGCAGAUCAACAAGGCAGCGAAUACGAUCAACCAGUUCGUUUCCAGUACAACACGGGGCAAAAUCACACAGGUCGUAACCUACAAUGACUUGCGGGAGAUCGCCAUGGCCCUGAUCAACGCCGCCUACUUCAAGGGUCUCUGGCUCACUCCCUUCAAGACUAAGUUCACCACCAAGGAUAAGUUCUACACCUCCCCAGACCAAUACACACUCGUAGAUAUGAUGUAUCUAGAGGAUGACUUUAAAUACGGAAUAUCAAGUGAGCUAGGAGCUACGGUGCUUGAGCUGCCGUAUAAGCGGGAGGCAGCGUCCAUGUUUGUGCUGCUGCCUGACUCUGCCGACGACAACACCACAAUACCCUUGGACACCAUGCUGACCCGCCUCACCCCAGACUCUCUCAGAGCCGCCCUCGCCACACUGGAAAGACAAAAAAUCCAUAUAAACAUCCCCAAGUUUAAGAUGGAAAAAAGAAUCAAAGAAGAACUUAAAGAGGCUCUCCAGCGUCUAGGGAUCCGACACAUCUUCAGUAACUCUGCUGACAUGUCCAUCUUUGAUCCUUCACGUCAACUUAGAGUGAGAGAGACCAUCCAUAAGGCCGCAAUAGAGGUGAACGAGGAGGGUUCAGAGGCUGCGGCUGCAACACCUGUAUUGUUUGAUCUUAAGAUCGGUGGUAGGCCAUUCAUAUGUAAUCGCCCCUUCCUAUUUUUCAUCCACGAUAACCAUACCAAUAACAUUCUCUUUAUGGGCGUCUACAGGCAGCCUUGAACCCACACCAAACCAUAAUGUACACCCUUAUAGAACACCAAUAUAACUUAGGCACCUACAAAGAGACCUCCGUAAUAUCUUGACUAUCACUGCCCACUAUUAUGUUUACGUGACCAUAAUAAUGUAAAAUAUAUCCCCUAUAAUGUGGUCGUGAUGUGAUCAACUGUGUAUGUGAGUUACAAGUGUUCCCCAAGUACUGACUGACAGUGAAGGCUGCCUCAGUAACAUUCUAACAAUAAUGUUUCGAAAUUAUGAAAUAUAUAAACAAACUGUAAAAUAAUAUUCACUUUCGUUUCUGAAUAAAAUAUACAUUAUU